AUGGAGUCACCCGAAGACUCACCACCAUCCGUGGUGGAGGAUACAAAGAGUCGGCAUAAUACCCCACAGCAGGCGGAGACACCGCGAUGGAGACGCUUCUUCGGAGGUUCCAAAAAGACCUCAGGGAAUACGGACGAGCCCACCUCCUAUCGAUCGAAGUCGACGCUGGGAAUCCUUAGUGAUAAGCAGACCGACGAAGUGCCUGGAACUAUUCUGCUUCUCUCAGCCCAUCGUAAUGAACCUCUGGGUAUGCGACAUCAGCCGGAACGCCAUUCCACCUCGUCCAUCCCCUCCACCAACCCCCCUUCACGUUCUUCGUCUCGAUCCAGGGGACCUCCCCAGCAAAAGAAAACAGCCGAUGGACAGAUCUUGCUGGAACCGCAACCCGAUGACUCGGUCAAUGAUCCGUUGAACUGGCCUGUAUGGCAGAGAGAUGGUGCCUUGUUAUCUCUUGGACUUUACUGCUUGAUCGGCGGAGGAAUGACACCCAUCUUGGCGGCAGGGUUCAGUAGUGUUGCUGAUACCUACGAUGUUUCCAAACAACAAGUUGCCCUCACCACUGGCCUCUACAUGUUGGGUCUUGGAAUUGGCUCUGUCAUCAUGUCUCCAACUGCGAUUCUCUUUGGUAAACGCCCAGUCUAUCUCUUGGGGGCGAUCCUUUUCGUCAUCUCCGCAGUUUGGUGUGCUCUGUCUCCGAACUAUACGAGCUUGGUGAUUGCUCGUAUCUUCCAGGGUAUUGCGGUCAGCCCGGUAGAAUGUCUGCCCUCUGCUACCAUUGCCGAGAUUUACUUUUUGCACGAGCGAGCAUAUCGUGUUGGCGUCUACACGUUGUUGCUACUCGGGGGAAAGAAUUUGGUCCCGCUGGUCAGUGCCGCGGUCAUUAGCAGUCUUGGAUGGCGCUGGGUGUUUUGGAUCGUUGCAAUUAUCGUUGGUUGCUUCUUCUUCUUGCUGUUCUUCCUCGUCCCUGAGACCUUUUGGGAUCGUACUCCCCGUCCGCGCACCCGCCGCUCUCACAAACGCCCGGGAACGCACCGUACCAUGUCGGACCUUGUCAGUCAUGGAUUCCAUCGCGGUCGUCAACCACAUCUUCAGCUACCCGACGAAGCGACAGAGUCGAAAGAAGGCUCACCCCGACCUACGAGAAGGAAUAGGAAUGUGCAUGUUGGGUUCGUCGAGGAUGAAGCCGACAACGAGAAGCAACAUCUCGAUGCUGGAGAAAACAUUGAUACCCCACAGACACCCACUGCCCAUGACGGCAUCUCUACGGAACAUGUAGCUCCCACCUUAGAGAGAAACGACGGCCUUCUUCACCCUCCGCCGGCUUAUAUCGAACUCCCCGGACCCGUCACCGGGUCUAUGCACUACACGAACCGACUUCGCGAACGACCCAAGAUUCCCUACACUCAACAACUGAAGGUAUGGAAUGGACGAAUCGCACAUGACAGCUGGUUCAAGAUUGCGAUUCGGCCUUUUAUAUUGUUCGCCUACCCAUCCGUGCUGUGGUCGACAGCGAUCUACUCUCUCUCGGUCGGAUGGCUCAUCGUGCUAUCCGAGUCCGUCGCGGUUAUCUACGAAAGUAGUGAGCACUACGGCUUCACUGCGUUGCAGACCGGUCUCAUUUACAUAUCCCCGUUUGUCGGUGGUUUACUUGGUACGGCUGUGGCCGGCAAAGUUUCGGACAUUCUUGUCAAGUUCAUGACCCGACGCAACGGCGGCAUCUACGAACCCGAAUUCCGUCUGGUGAUGGCAAUCCCCAUCGCAAUCUCGACUGUCGUCGGAUUGAUGGGUUUCGGCUGGAGUGCACAGCUGAUGGAUGCGUGGAUUGUACCCACCAUCUUCUUCGGAAUGAUCUCGUUUGGGUGUUGUCUCGGUAGCACCACGGCCAUUACCUUCUGCGUGGACAGUUACCGUCAGUACGCCGGCGAAGCCCUGGUGACGCUGAACUUUAGCAAGAACGUGCUGCACGGCUUAAUUUUCUCCCUCUUCAUUGUAGACUGGCUCCAAUCCGAUGGCUCCCGGGUGGUGUUCCUAGCCAUUGGCGGAAUCCAGAUCUUCUUCCUGCUCAUGACCAUCCCGAUGUACAUUUACGGCAAGCGGGCCCGCAUGUGGACAGUUCGCAAACGCUUGAUGGAGCGAUUUUGA